GUAGCGAAGUAGCUUAAAGUUGCAGACUCUUUUUCUAUCUCCCUCUUUUUUGUUUCUCUCUCUAUCUCGCUCUCUCAUUGUUAGGGUUUCCAGAUUUUCCCUCUGAAACUGAGAGUUUCUGAUUCAAGGGGUUUGAUCGGAACCCCAUUAGAGCAAAAUGUCUUCUUCAAGAGGAGGGCCUGAUCAGGGGCCAUCCCAGCCGCCGCGCCGUAUUAUGCGGACACAGACUGCUGGUAAUCUUGGAGAGUCAUUUGACAGCGAAGUGGUUCCGUCUUCCCUUGUCGAGAUUGCCCCCAUUCUCCGUGUUGCUAAUGAAGUUGAAUCUAGCAACCCUAGGGUUGCUUAUCUAUGCCGGUUUUAUGCGUUCGAGAAAGCACACAGGUUGGAUCCCACUUCCAGUGGAAGAGGUGUAAGGCAGUUUAAGACUGCCCUCUUACAGCGUCUUGAAAGAGAACAUGAUCCGACUUUAAUGGGACGGGUUAAGAAAAGUGAUGCCCGUGAAAUGCAGAGUUUUUAUCAGCUUUACUAUAAGAAGUAUAUCCAGGCUUUGCACAAUGCAGCUGACAAGGCUGAUCGUGCCCAAUUGACAAAGGCAUACCAAACUGCAAACGUUUUGUUUGAGGUUUUGAGGGCUGUUAAUCUGACGCAGUCUAUUGAAGUUGAUCGGGAGAUUCUGGAAGCUCAAGAUAAGGUUGCUGAGAAAACACAGUUGUAUGUCCCCUAUAACAUCCUUCCACUUGAUCCUGAUAGUGCAAACCAGGCAAUUAUGAGAUAUCCUGAGAUUCAAGCUGCCGUUCUUGCACUUCGUAACACUAGAGGUCUUCCAUGGCCAGAAGGGCACAAGAAAAAGAAAGAUGAAGACAUGCUUGAUUGGCUUCAGGAGAUGUUUGGCUUUCAGAAAGACAACGUGUCUAAUCAAAGGGAGCACCUGAUCUUAUUACUCGCUAAUGUGCAUAUAAGGCAAUUUCCAAAGCCUGAUCAGCAGCCAAAGUUAGAUGAUCGAGCGUUGACAGAAGUAAUGAAGAAGCUCUUCAAGAACUAUAACAAAUGGUGCAAAUAUCUUGGUCGAAAAAGAAGUCUUUGGUUACCUACUAUACAACAAGAAAUGCAACAGCGCAAGCUGUUGUAUAUGGCUCUGUAUCUUCUCAUCUGGGGUGAAGCUGCGAAUUUGAGAUUCAUGCCAGAAUGUCUCUGCUACAUUUAUCAUCAUAUGGCAUUUGAAUUAUAUGGCAUGCUGGCUGGGAAUGUUAGUCCUAUGACUGGGGAAAAUGUGAAGCCAGCUUACGGUGGUGAAGAAGAUGCAUUCUUGAGGAAAGUUGUGACUCCUAUUUAUGAAGUGAUCGCAAGGGAGGCUGAAAGGAGCAAGAGAGGAAAGUCAAAGCAUUCUCAGUGGAGGAACUAUGAUGAUUUGAAUGAAUACUUCUGGUCAGUUGAUUGUUUCCGGUUAGGUUGGCCAAUGCGAGCUGAUGCUGAUUUCUUUUGUCUGCCUGUUGACCAGCUCAACUCGGAGAAAAAUGGGGACAACAGCAAACCUACUGUUGCCAGGGAUAGAUGGGUGGGAAAGGUUAAUUUUGUUGAGAUACGCUCCUUUUGGCAUGUGUUUAGAAGCUUCGAUCGAAUGUGGAGUUUCUUUAUUCUGUUCCUUCAGGUUAUGAUUAUUUUGGCUUGGAAUGGUCCGGGAGGACCAAAUACAAUCUUUCGAGCUGAUGUAUUCAAGAAAGUCCUGAGCGUAUUUAUCACAGCUGCAAUACUGAAGCUUGGGCAAGCUGUUCUUGAUGUGAUCCUGAGUAUCAAAGCCCAUCGGAGCAUGUCACUUCAUGUUAAAUUACGAUACAUCUUGAAGGUGCUCUCUGCGGCAGCAUGGGUGAUAAUUCUGCCUGUAACUUACGCCUACAGUUGGAAAGAUCCCCCUGCAUUUGCUAGAACUAUCAAAAGUUGGUUUGGUAAUACCAUGCAUUCGCCUUCACUAUUUAUAUUGGCCGUUGUUAUCUACUUGUCGCCAAACAUGCUUGCGGCUGUUCUGUUCCUCUUCCCCCUGCUUCGCCGGUUCCUUGAGAGGUCCAACUACAGAAUUAUAAUGCUAAUGAUGUGGUGGUCACAGCCUAGACUCUAUGUUGGAAGAGGAAUGCAUGAGAGCGCUUUUUCUCUCUUCAAGUAUACCAUGUUUUGGGUAUUACUUUUAGUUACAAAGUUGGCGUUCAGUUACUACAUAGAGAUCAAACCGUUAAUAGGUCCAACAAAAGCUAUCAUGAGCGUCCGAGUGACUAAUUUCCAGUGGCAUGAGUUCUUUCCUCGUGCAAGGAACAAUAUUGGUGUUGUUAUUGCUCUUUGGGCUCCUAUUAUUCUUGUAUAUUUUAUGGAUACUCAAAUUUGGUAUGCCAUAUUCUCCACAUUAUUUGGUGGUAUUUAUGGUGCAUUCCGUCGGCUUGGGGAGAUCCGUACGCUGGGAAUGCUUAGAUCACGUUUUGAGUCACUGCCUGGAGCAUUUAAUGCCUGCUUGAUUCCAGAUGGAGUCAGCCAGCAAAGAAAGAAAGGACUAAGGGCGACUUUAUCCCAUAACUUCACAGAGGUGCCACCUGUUAACAAAGAGAGAGAGGCUGCAAGAUUUGCCCAGUUGUGGAACACAAUUAUCAGUAGUUUUCGAGAGGAAGAUCUUAUAAGCGAUAGGGAAAUGGAUUUGUUGCUAGUCCCAUAUUGGGCUGACCGUGAUUUGGAUCUUAUACAGUGGCCUCCAUUUUUACUUGCUAGCAAGAUUCCUAUAGCAUUGGAUAUGGCAAAAGACAGUAAUGGGAAGGACAGAGAGCUCAAGAAGAGGAUUGAAAGUGACACCUAUAUGAAAUGUGCUGUUAGGGAGUGCUAUGCUUCAUUCAAGAAUAUCAUAAAAUUCUUGGUUCAGGGAGACCGUGAAAAAGAGGUUAUUGAGAUUAUAUUUGCUGAGGUUGACAAACACAUAGAAUCAGGUGAUUUGAUUCAGGAAUACAAGAUGAGUGCUCUUCCUAGCCUCUAUGACCACUUUGUCAAGUUGAUCAAAUAUUUGCUAAACAACAAGGAGGAGGACAGAGAUCAUGUUGUAAUCCUCUUCCAGGACAUGCUAGAAGUUGUAACAAGAGACAUUAUGAUGGAGGAUUACAAUAUAUCAAGCUUGGUAGAUUCAACUCAUGGUGGCACUUGGCAUGGAGGAAUGAUCCCUCUCGAGCAACAAUAUCAGCUUUUUGCAUCUUCUGGUGCCAUCAGAUUUCCCAUUCAACCAGAAACAGAAGCUUGGAAAGAGAAGAUCAAGCGUCUGUAUCUUUUGCUUACUACCAAAGAAUCUGCCAUGGAUGUCCCAUCUAACCUAGAAGCAAGGAGGAGGAUUUCUUUCUUCUCAAAUUCAUUAUUCAUGGACAUGCCUGCUGCGCCUAAAGUCCGCAACAUGCUUUCUUUCUCUGUUUUGACACCGUAUUACACUGAAGAUGUUCUCUUCUCCUUGCGUGAUCUGGAAACACCAAAUGAAGAUGGUGUCUCGAUCCUCUUCUACCUACAAAAGAUUUUUCCAGAUGAGUGGAACAAUUUUCUUGAGAGGGUGAAUUGCAUCACUGAAGAGGAACUUAAAGGAUCUGAUGAUUUAGAGGAGGAACUUCGUCUAUGGGCUUCAUAUAGGGGGCAGACUUUGACUAGAACUGUUAGAGGAAUGAUGUACUAUAGGAAAGCCUUGGAGCUUCAGGCAUUCCUUGACAUGGCUAGGCACGAAGAUUUGAUGGAAGGUUACAAGGCAGUAGAAUUAAAUGCGGAGAAUCAUUCACGAGGAGAAGAACGGUCAUUGUGGGCUCAGUGUCAGGCUGUCGCUGACAUGAAAUUUACAUUUGUUGUGUCAUGCCAACAAUAUGGUAUUCAUAAACGGUCUGGUGAUCCUCGUGCUCAGGAUAUCUUGCGGCUUAUGACGAGAUACCCGUCGCUCCGUGUUGCAUAUAUUGAUGAGGUUGAAGAGCCAGUGAAAGACAAGUCAAAGAAAGGCAAUCAGAAAGUUUAUUAUUCAGUGCUGGUUAAGGUUCCCAAGUCAACUGAUCCUUCUGAGCCUGCACAGAAUUUGGACCAGGUUAUUUAUAAGAUUAAGCUUCCUGGUCUUGCCAUUCUUGGAGAGGGAAAGCCAGAAAACCAAAAUCAUGCUAUCAUUUUCUCUCGUGGAGAAGGUUUACAGACAAUUGAUAUGAAUCAGGACAACUACAUGGAGGAGGCUUUAAAGAUGAGGAAUUUGCUUCAAGAAUUUCUUACAAAACAUGAUGGUGUGAGGCAUCCAUCUAUUCUCGGACUCAGAGAACAUAUAUUUACCGGAUCCGUUUCCUCCCUCGCUUGGUUCAUGUCUAAUCAAGAGACUAGUUUUGUCACCAUCGGCCAGAGAUUAUUGGCAAACCCUUUGAAGGUUCGUUUUCAUUAUGGUCAUCCAGAUGUCUUCGAUAGACUGUUUCAUCUAACAAGAGGUGGUGUUAGUAAAGCAUCCAAAAUAAUCAACCUCAGUGAAGAUAUAUUUGCUGGUUUCAAUUCUACACUUCGUGAAGGAAAUGUUACCCAUCAUGAAUAUAUACAAGUUGGUAAAGGGAGAGAUGUCGGUUUAAAUCAGAUCUCUAUGUUCGAGGCGAAGAUUGCUAAUGGAAAUGGAGAGCAGACACUGAGCCGAGACAUUUACCGGCUUGGACAUCGAUUUGAUUUUUUCCGGAUGCUUUCAUGUUACUUCACCACAGUUGGCUUUUACUUCAGCACCUUGAUCACUGUUCUAACUGUGUAUGUCUUCCUUUACGGGCGUCUCUAUCUAGUUCUGAGUGGACUGGAACAAGGAUUGAGUACACAAAAAGGAAUCCGAGACAAUAAACCCCUCCAAGUUGCUCUUGCUUCACAGUCCUUUGUUCAAAUUGGUUUUCUGAUGGCUUUACCUAUGCUUAUGGAAAUUGGGUUAGAGAGAGGUUUCCGUACUGCCUUGAGUGAAUUUGUGCUGAUGCAGCUACAAUUGGCACCAGUGUUUUUCACGUUUUCUCUCGGUACAAAAACCCACUAUUAUGGAAGGACUUUACUACAUGGAGGUGCGAAGUACAGGUCUACGGGAAGAGGUUUUGUCGUCUUUCACGCAAAGUUUGCUGAUAACUACAGGCUCUAUUCUCGAAGCCAUUUUGUAAAGGGACUUGAGAUGAUGAUGUUGCUCAUUGUCUAUCAAAUUUUCGGGAAUUCGUACAGAAGUGCAGUUGCAUAUAUCUUGAUCACCAUAUCUAUGUGGUUCAUGGUGGGAACUUGGCUUUUUGCUCCUUUCCUCUUCAAUCCUUCCGGGUUUGAGUGGCAAAAAAUUGUCGAUGAUUGGACCGACUGGAAUAAAUGGAUAAAUAACAUCGGAGGUAUCGGUGUCCCGGCAGGAAAAAGUUGGGAAUCAUGGUGGGAGGAGGAGCAGGAACAUCUUCGCUUUUCUGGAAAGCGUGGUAUAAUAGUUGAGAUUUUGUUAGCCUUGCGGUUCUUCAUCUACCAAUAUGGGCUUGUUUACCAUCUGACGAUUACGGAAAAGGCGAAGUCCAAAAGUUUUCUGGUUUAUGGAGUGUCAUGGCUGGUGAUCUUCGUAAUAUUGUUUGUGAUGAAGACUGUAUCCGUAGGAAGGCGGAAGUUCAGCGCAAGUUUCCAGCUCAUGUUCCGGCUGUUGAAGGGAUUGAUAUUCAUGACGUUGGUCGCUCUUCUUGUCAUUUUGAUCACUCUUGCUCACAUGACCAUUCAAGACAUCAUCGUUUGUAUCCUUGCCUUCACGCCUACUGGUUGGGGAAUGCUCCUGAUUGCGCAAGCAUGCAAGCCCGUGGUUCAGAGAGCUGGGUUCUGGGGAUCGGUCCGUACGCUUGCCCGAGGCUAUGAGAUAGUGAUGGGGCUGUUCCUGUUCACGCCAGUGGCGUUCCUGGCGUGGUUUCCGUUUGUGUCGGAGUUCCAGACCCGGAUGCUCUUCAACCAAGCCUUCAGCAGAGGUCUUCAGAUCUCUCGUAUCCUCGGUGGUCACAGAAAGGAUCGUUCCUCUCGCAACAAGGAAUGAGAUCGUACGGCCAUGAACGAACACGGUCCCAUCACUUCUUGUAGUAGUAGUAUCUAAUCUGUUCUGUAGAUUUGGCGAGAUGCCUUGUUGUAACCAUUGCCAUGUCUCCCCAUGUUAUUUGACAUACACUGAUACAUGUGAUGUCUUUUUUUUUCCCCCGAAGGAGAACGAAAAAAAAUCUAAUUUUAUCGAGUAAAAAACGUGAACGAGUUUGUCUUUGAA